AUGGAAGCUUCUCCCUCUCCACAGCAAUCCAAUGUCACUUCAGAUGGGGUCUUAACUGUGGCCAUCAUCACCGUGGAAGUGUUUGCUGGCAUGUGGAUAAAUGCUUUCGUCGUUUGUGUGCUUUGCAUUGCCUGGGUCAAAAAGAAAACCUUGAACUCCAAUGAGAAGAUCUUGCUGCUGCUGGGAUUCUCCAGGUUUUGGUAUUUAUGCAUCGCCUGGGUAUAUAAAUUUCUUUCUUUUAUUUAUCCCAAUUACCUAUAUGUUCACACCAUACUUCAACUAGCUGUAUUUUUUCAAGCCUUUUUUAAUCAUUGCAACUUGUGGUUUUCUGCAUCUCUUUGUAGUUUUUAUUGUAUAAAAAUUGCCAAUUUCAGGAACAGGUCCUUCAUCUAUCUGAAAGUAAAAAUUGACAGGAUUGUGCCCUGGCUUCUCUUGGGAUCAGGGAUUUUAGCUUUGGCUGUUGGCAUCGUUGCCUAUGACAUCGCUGAUAAACCGCACUGCAACAGCAAUUCCACUGGACGAGGAAAUUUUGGGACAGCAAAUAUCAAAAUGGAUAAACAUUUUUUCCCUUCUUUUUUUCUUGCUGGCUUUGAAUAUGCUGCUUCAUUCAUGGUUGUCAUCUUUGCUGCUGUUUUCCUUCUCUUUUCUCUCUGGAGACACAAGCGCAGGAUGCAGACAAACUCCAUGAAGGACCUCAGCAUGGAUGCCCACAUCAGAGCCAUGAAAUCUAUUUUCUCCUUCUUAGUGAUGUACAGCAUCAACUUUGUAUGUUUGGUCUUAAAUAUGGUUUAUGUCACAAAGCAGGAAAAUUAUAUGACAUUUCUCAUUUUAGUAUUUCAGUACAUUUUUCCUGGUGCUCAUUCCCUUAUUUUGAUUUUCAGCAAUCCCAAAUUAGAAAACACACUGCUAAAGAUUCUUCCCAUAGAAAGAAGUGUAAAGCGCAAGGUUUGCGUAAGUUAG